GUUUACGCCCAGAUUGUGGGUUGUUGGUCUCGAAGCAUGACGUUUCAAUUCGCAGAGACGACUUCCCUUUCGUUCCGUAUGUAACAACAUUAAUUCCCGUACACGCGUAACAACAAAAGAGAGAAAUGAAAAAUCGCUAAUGGAGAACUUGUCCGGCGCAGGGCAGUUCCGAGCGAAACAAUUUCGCCAGAUUUUAUCCUUGGUAUGCUGAGGCGAUUGAUGAGGGGCCUUGAUUGUGUUGCUUGGAUUCAACGCACAAUUAAUUCCAUAUGCAACCCGCAAGGACGGCUGCCGGCUGCAUUGCUGCCCCCGCCGCCCGCCUCCAGCGCUUUGCACGGCGGAGGCUGCGUGGAUUGGUGGUCACGAAGCGCGUCGCAGAUAAAACUGGUGUGCAAGGGCUACCGAGUGUCAGUGUGUUCGUCGGCAAGAAAGACGUUUGUUUGCAGCGCGCAGAACGAGCCGUGCCUCCGCCUGCCCGGAGGAAUCGUCGUCUUUUGCCACAGGCGCCCAACCCCUAAUCACGUGCCAUGUUGCUGUUGUACACAUUCGUUUUAGCUUCAUUCGCCUUCCAGGCCGGAGCCACGAACACCACCGACGCAGAGCCGAUCGUGGUCACCCCCGAGCCAAGCCUGGUGUUGCUGGCCGUGUCCUCCUCGUCCAGUUCGGUCAGCCAAAGUCGGUCCGUCUCGCCGGCACCCGUGGCCAAAAACAAUGCGACCACCCCCGAGCCACCGACGGGACGCGCCGACAACUCAAAACGCAAGUUGGAAGAAGACGUUCUGGAGGCGGGAUCCGCCCCCGAGGAGGCCGUCGGAGAUGACAACCGCACCAGGGAAGCCCUCGCACCUGAAGGAAGUGAGCACAACUCUGUUGUGUUCGUUGCCGAAGGGGCAGGUUACGUACCCGUAACGCAGUUGAGGUCACGUUUGCCGGCCCAAUUCAGGCCAUCGGCGCCGUCAGCGCCAGUGGUGGUUGCGGCUACCGGGGCGCAAGAUGUGAGUGAGUGGACCACAGGGGGGCACAACUGGGAUCGCGCUUAUCACCACUUUGGACACAACCAGAGCAGAGUUCAACACAUCGAGGCUGAGUGCCAAGAUGACUACAUGAAAAUCAGAGUGGGUUUUAACGGCUCGUUUACUGGCCUGCUAUAUUCAUCAGGUUAUUCCUACGAUCCAGAGUGCGUCUACGUGAACGGCACAGGCAGGGACUACUACGAGUUUUACAUCCAACUGAACAGGUGCGGCACGUUGGGGAAAAACACGCAAAAUCAGGACAACAGAAAGCAGCCGUCGAAAAACUUCAUGUGGAACACGGUGACGGUGCAAUACAACCCCAUGAUUGAGGAGGAGUGGGACGAACACUUCAAGGUCACCUGCGAGUACGGCUACGACUUUUGGAAGACGGUGACCUUCCCUUUCUUGGACGUUGAGGUGGCGACUGGAAACCCGGUGGUUUUCACCCUCUCGCCCCCGGAGUGUUUCAUGGAGGUUCGUCACGGUUACGGCAUCACAGGGACAAGGGUCAGCGGACCUGUCAGGGUAGGCGAUCCCCUUACCCUACUGAUCUACAUGAGGAGCAAAUAUGAUGGUUUUGACAUUGUGGUUAACGACUGCUAUGCGCACAAUGGAGCCAACAAGAGGAUCCAGUUGAUCGACCAGUACGGUUGUCCGGUGGACGAAAAGUUGAUCAGCAGAUUCCGCGGCUCUUGGAGCGAAACCGGCGUGUACGAAACGCAGGUGUUCGCCUACAUGAAGACCUUCAGGUUCACGGGCAGUCCGGCCCUGUACGUCGAGUGCGACGUCAGAAUGUGCCACGGAAAAUGCCCGAAUCAGCCGUGCCACUGGAGAAAUGCGAAAAGCGUGUCCAGGCGGUCGGUGCCGGACAACCUGCUUCAGUCGUCGCAGUUACCGCGGCUGUCCGAGAACAUCAGUUUGUUCCAGUCGCUGCGUGUCUUGCAGGAGGGAGAGCCUGGGGAGGAGGAAGCUGGACAGUUGCAAAGCAAAAUAGCAUUUGGAGAUGAUGAGAGUAUCUGCGUCAAAAGUGGUCCAUUCACAGCUUUGCUAGGGAUGGGGUGCCUAGUGACGGCGUGUUUGGGCAUUGCCGUGAUGCUGCUGUGCUUCAGGGUGCGCGCCCUGAAGAAGGGCGCCCCUCUUGAGCUGACGGACGCGGAGGUGCGGCAGAACCGCGACCUCUUUAUCGGCACCAACCCGUCGCUCCACUCGAUCGACUUCCUCACCCACAAGGGCCACAUCAACUGACGCGAUCGUGAGUGCAACCAACGAGGACAAAUCUUCCGUAGUUCGCGCCACAAUAAUGCGCUUUUCUUUAGUGAAAACGUAAAUCUGUGAAUCAUGUAGAAAUAGAAGAAAAACUUUCAAGUGCGAAAGGAGCAGACAAUUUAAGAAAAAAAACUUGGCGUCUCAAUGGGUAAUUUGGCAGACUGUUGGUCUCUGUUAAAAUUUUCACAGAAGGUUGGAAAAGCAAAAAUAGAAAAGUACAAAUUGAAUUUGAACAUAAAAAAAUAUGGAAAUUAAAUGGUAAUUAAAUCUGAUUUAAUUAUAAUUAAAAAUCAAACAGAUCCACUGUAUUGAAUAGCACGGAGAAUUUGCCGACCUGAUAUGGUGCAAAAAAAAAAAAAAUAGACCAGACCGGCGUCCUCUCCUGCUAUUCCCGUUUCCCACUUUGCCCACGUUAUUACCACGAAACGGAAAAUACGGAAAUGCCAAAUAGGAAACAACGUUCGAUUUUCUGGACUUGCGUGAAUUGUAAAUAAAACUCGACUUGUUAGUUUGUAGCUUUUAAUAAAACUUGCGUUCGUAUAGCGUGUAAAAAUCUCAUAAAUACCAUUGAAUUGUAAGUUUCUUUGCAUGCACAUUUCAUGGAACCGCACCAAAACUGUCUGUCGGCCACUAGUUCAGUAAGUUAACUUAUUGAAUAAAAGACUUAAGUUGUAGAAACUGUAAUUAGAGCAUUUUCCUAGAAAUAAAAUUUAAUAUAA